AUGUCUGUCUCCUGGCCUGGCUCCCAUCCCAGCCCACCUGGGCCACCAGCACCUCUCCCACCUGGGCCACCAGCACCUCUCCCACCUGGGCCACCAGCACCUCUCCCACCUGGGCCACCAGCACCUCUGUCUCCUGCCCUGACUCCCACCCCAGCCCACCUGGGCAUCAGCACUUCUGUCUCUUGCCCUGACUCCCACUCAUCCCACCUGGGCAUCAGCACUUCUGUCUCUUGCCCUGACUCCCACCCCAGCUCACUUGGGCUGCUUCCGGCCCUCGGCCACACGUCCCCCACCUCCGGGGGCUUCCCGGCCCGCACCCGCGCCCCCACCCCCCGGGACCCCGCACACCACGACUCCCCGCUGCGGGGGACCCCGCCCCGCACACGUCUCCUCAACCCGGGGACCCCGCUCCACGUGUCCUCACCCUGGGGACCCCCGCCCCAGCACACGUCUUCUCGUCCCGGGGACCACCGCCCCGCACACGGCCCCUCAACCCGGGAACCCCCGCCCCGCACACGUCUCCUCACCCUGGGGACCCCCGCCCCGCACACGUCUCCUCACCCUGGGGACCCCCGCCCCAGCACACGUCUCCCCGCCCCGGGGACCCCCGCCCCGCACACGUCUCCUCACCCUGGGGACCCCCCGCCCCGCACACGUCUCCUCACCCUGGGGACCCCCGCCCCGCACACGUCUCCUCACCCUGGGGACCCCCGCCCCAGCACACGUCUCCCCGCCCCCGGGACCCCCGCCCCGCACACGGCUCCUCAACCCGGGAACCCCCGCCCCGCACACGUCUCCUCGCCCCGGGGACCCCCGCCCCGCACACGUCUCCUCGCCCCGGGGACCCCCGCCCCGCACACGUCUCCUCGCCCCGGGGACCCCCGCCCCAGCACACGUCUCCCCGCCCCCGGGACCCCCGCCCCGCACACGGCUCCCCGCCCCCGGGACCCCCGCCCCGCACACGUCUCCCCGCCCCCGGGACCCUCGCUCUGGACACACGUCUCCCCCCCAACCACGCGGCGACCGACACCCACCUGCUCCCCAGCAGCCUCCCCGGCCCGGCCGCCCUUGAGCAUCGCCCGGUCGUCUCCACCGCGCCCUCCGCGCCGCCUGCGCCCCGACCCGCACCCAGAGCGCGGCGCCCCGCCUCCGCCCGCCCAGCAGACUCCCGCCCGCACCCGCCCCGCCCCUGCGCCACAGCCCACCGCCCGCCCGCGCCCCCUGCCCACCCUUCCCAGAGCCCCGGGCCCGGCCCACCCUUCCUGGCCUCCCAGCGCCCCCGGCCCACCCACCAGCCCCGCGGAGCCCCCGGCCCACCCUCUCCGCCACCCCGCCUCCCGGAGCCCCCCCCCCCCCCCCCCCCCCGGCUCACCCUCUCCCGGCCUCCAGCCCCGCGGAGCCCCCGGCCCACCCUCCCGGCCUCCCGGCCUCCAGCCUCCGCCCGGCCCCCGGCGCCCCCCGCGCCCCCGGCCCACCCUCUCCUCCCCCGGCCGCCCACCCCUUCCCGGCCUCCAGCCCCCCGGAGCCCCGGGCCCACCCUCUCCGCCCCCGGCCUCCGGCCUCCGCCCGGCCCCCCGGCGCCCCCCGCGCCCCCGGCCCACCCUCCCGGCCUCCCGGUGGGCGUGCGCGGCGCAGCCGGCGCAGAUGCGCCCGGAGUGGGAGGCGCCGAGGGUGGGGCGCGGGCCGGGCGGCGCGGGGGGCCGGGGGCGGCGGCGGCCGGCGCGGGGGGCGCGGAGGCCGGGGGCGGGCGGCCGGGGGCGCCGGCCGGCGAUGCGGGGCCGGGCGGGCGCGGGAGGAUGA